CUGGCGCUGCUGCUGCUGCUGCUGGACUUCGGAGCGGCCGUUACUUUCCAGGGUUUUUACCUGCCACCUGUCAACGGGUCCGCGCUCGCGCCUGCGCGCAGGACGGACGGCAUCGUGCGGACCGUGGACCGGAUCUACCACGGAGGCGGCAAAGUGGGAUACCUGCUGUACCUGGACGGCGCGCGCUUCCAGCUGGACAUGGAGCGGGACGAGCUGCUGCUGUCGCCGCGCUUCAGCCCCCAGUACGUGCUCGCGGCGGUGGGCGAAAGCGCCGCGUCUGUGCCGCGCGAGUGCGUGUACCGCGGGACCGUGGACUCCAACCCCGAGUCUCUGGCGGUGUUUAACCUCUGCGGAGGGGGGCUCGAGGGAUUCUUCGCCGUGGAGCACGCGCGCUAUUCCAUCACUCCUAUUGUACGAGCCAGAGGACACGAGCACGACGUGCGCGCGCUGCAGGACAGGGACGCGGAGAUCGCGCUACAUGUGUUCACGCGCGAGAGCUUCAGCUUUGAAGCCGCGCGGGACGCCCGGGAAAGUUGCGGCACGCGGGAUUCGCGCAGAAGACGGAGGCACGCGGCGGGGCGAAAGGAGCGACGGGAGCGGAGGACGAGGGUCACGCGCGGGGGACCGCGCCGCAGACGCUCCGUGUCCAAAGCGCGGCACGUGGAGCUGCUGCUGGUCGCGGAUGAAACCAUGACCAAAAAGUACGGCAAGGACCUGAACCACUACCUGCUGACGCUCGCGUCCAUCGCGUCCAAACUGUACGGCCACGCGAGCAUCGAGAACCCGAUCCGCCUGAACGUGGUGAAGGUGAUGACGGUGACGGAGAAGGAGCGCGGGCUGGACGUGAGCAAGAACGCGGCCGCGACGCUCAAGAGCUUCUGCAAAUGGCAGCACCAACAAAACCCGCUGGACGACGAGCACCAGCAGCACCACGACGCAGCCAUCCUCUUCACCAGGCAGGAUCUGUGCGGUCACCACUCCUGUGACACUCUGGGCAUGGCGGACGUGGGCACGAUCUGUUCCCCCGAGAGGAGCUGUGCUGUGAUCGAAGACGACGGACUCCACGCUGCCUUCACCGUCGCCCACGAAAUCGGUCACCUUUUGGGCCUGUCUCAUGACGACUCGAAGUUCUGUGAGGAGCGUUUCGGGGUGAACAGUGACAAGAGGCUCAUGUCGUCCGUCCUGACGUCCAUCGACGCGUCCAAACCCUGGAGCAAGUGCACGUCCGCCACCAUCACGGACUUUUUCGACGACGGAAACGCCGAGUGUCUGCUGGACUCUCCUCGCGUCCCUCUCUUGGGCCCAGAGGAGCUCCCCGGUCAGUCGUACGAUGCGGUGCGUCAGUGCCGUUUGGCGUUCGGUCCCGAGUACACGGUGUGCCCGGGCAUGGACGUGUGUGCCCGUCUGUGGUGCGCCGUCAUCCGCCAGGGGCAGAUGGUGUGUCUGACCAAGAAGCUGCCGGCGGUGGAGGGCACCCCCUGCGGCAAAGGACGGAUCUGCCUCCAGGGAAAGUGUGUGGACAAGACGCGCAAGAAGCACUACUCGACGUCGAACCACGGCGGCUGGAGCUCGUGGGGGCCGUGGGGCUCGUGCUCUCGCUCGUGUGGGGGAGGAGUGCAGUUCGCCCAACGACUCUGCAACAACCCGCCCCCUAGGAACAACGGGCGGUACUGCACGGGCAAGAGGGCCGUGUACAGGUCCUGCAACGGCACGCCAUGUCCGCCCACUGUGAAGAGUUUCCGAGAGGAGCAGUGUGAAGUGCGUAACGGGCCUCAGACCGACCCUAAAGGAGUGAAGACGUUUGUGGAGUGGGUCCCCAAAUACGCCGGAGUCCUGCCCAAAGACAUGUGCAAACUCACCUGCAGGGCCAAAGGGACGGGAUACUACGUGGUCUUCUCUCAGAGGGUAGUGGACGGUACAGAGUGUCGUCCCUUCAGCAGCUCCGUGUGUGUCAAAGGGAAGUGUGUGAGGACGGGCUGCGACGGGAUCAUCGGCUCCAAGCUCCAGUUCGAUAAGUGCGGCGUGUGUGGAGGAGACAGCACCUCCUGUGUGAAGGUCAUGGGCAACUUCACCAAGAGGAGAUUUGUCCGCAGCCUUCGGGACAACAAUGGUAAGGUUCUCGCUCUAACACCGUCGACGACACCGGGCCGCAUUGACGGCAAGCCUUUGAGGGCCGAAUGA